CUCGAUUUCUCCGCGACAAUAGCAAGAGAGGUCCUGCCGUCAGACUACGGACGGACGCACGCCAUGAGCAAGUUCGGGGUCCUCGUCAUGGGCCCAGCCGGCGCUGGCAAGUCCACCUUCUGCACCGCCCUCAUCCAGCACCUGCAGAACAACAAGCGGCCCUGCUACUAUGUCAACCUCGACCCCGCCGCCGAGGAGUUCGCAUUCGAGCCAGACAUCGACAUCAAGGACCUCAUCAGCCUCGAAGAUGUCAUGGAAGAGAUGAGCCUGGGGCCGAACGGAGGGCUGAUAUACUGCUUCGAGUUCCUGCUCGAGAACCUAGACUUUCUGACCGACCCGCUGGAAGAAGUCACCGAUGAGUACCUCAUCAUCUUCGACAUGCCCGGCCAGAUCGAACUGUAUACCCACGUACCCAUUCUUCCCAACCUAGUCAAGCAUCUCAUGCGGGGAUCGCUCAACAUCAACAUGUGCGCUGCCUACCUGCUCGAGAGCACCUUUAUCAUCGACCGCCCCAAGUUCUUCGCCGGCACACUGUCUGCUAUGAGCGCAAUGUUGAUGCUAGAGAUGCCGCAUGUCAACAUUCUAAGUAAAAUGGACCUAGUAAAAGGUCGGGUCGCGAAGCGCGAUCUGAAGAGGUUCCUCAAUCCAGACGCAGACCUGGUAGAUGAGGACCCUUCAUGGAGGCCGGGAAAAGACCAAGAGGAGCUUGAAGAGGGAAGGACAGAUGGUGACCCUGCUUCAACGAAGAAUGUCAUGGCGGGAACCUCGUUCUACAGGCUCAACAAAGCCGUAGCUCAACUGAUUGACGAUUUUAGCAUGGUGUCCUUCUUGAAGCUCGAUGCCCAAGACGAAGAUAGCGUCGGGGCAGUGUUAAGCUACAUUGACGAUGCCAUACAGUAUCACGAAGCUCAGGAACCCAAGGAGCCGCGCGACGAUAUCGACACCAACAUAAUCGAAUCCGCGAUGGGUGAUUAAACUCGAGGGGGUGUUGUGUAGUUGCAUGGAGUUAACGAUUUACGUCGCCUUUUUCUGCAUUAGAAGGCGUUGGUGUGCUGGGCUUGCCUGCUCAUUCGGCAUAAGCAUUCAGUUUGAUAUCAAAAAUGGGGUAGACACGGUCUCGGGACGGCAUGAUACCCAAUCUCAAUACAAGUAAACUUAGGUGCAAAGUUAAAUGGAAUUGAAACUCCAAC